AUGGAGGCUCUGCCUCCCAUUGGAGGAAAUGGCUGUUGCCAGGGCAGCGCCUGUAAACAUUCUGUCUGGGGCCCUGGUGAGAGGGAAGCAGCUGGGAGUCUCCUUCUGGGGCUUCCUUGGCCAGGACUGUUCCAAACAAGGAUCCGGUCACUCAGGAACUGGGCUGCCUUCCACAGCUCCCACCACAACCCGGAACCAACAAUGAGUGAGAGAACAAAAGCUGACUCUUCUGGAAGGAGGCUCACAGAAAGCCAGGGAGCAUAUUCUGGACUUCAGAUGGAAAAGCAAAAGAAAAUGGAUGAGACUAAACAUGUCAAAAUCCAGGACAUGGAUGUGGAAAAAAGUCCUAUAAGCCAGGAGACAGAAGAUAAUGCCAAUGUGAACGAACUAGCUCUAGAGUUAGCUAAGAACGUUGUCACUACUGCUGUUAAGACCGUGGAAGAUGCUGAAAACCCCAUCAAAAACAUCAACUGGAUCACACACGGUGAAUUCACGGCAGAAAGGGGCCGUAAACAAAUUGAGGAGUUCGUUCUGACUUGGGAGUAUCAAGACUGCUGGGUGCACUGCACAGAGUUUAUAGAGAGAGAAGACUUGGUUCACAGCUACCACUACAUCUACUGUGUACACUGGAGCAACCCAACUGCUAACAUACCUAUUGCACAAGUCUCUGCCUCUGCCUACUUCACCAUCAAGAUCACCAAAAACAAACCUCCAGAUAUGCCCAUUGAGGUCUCUUAUAUUUUUGAGGGCCUUUCAUUAGUUCACAGACCAGGACAGACUCGCUUUCGAGAAAAAUGGCUGAGGGACACUAUUGAGGCCAAAAAUAUUUUAAUGGAGUCAAUUCCCUUCUAAUUCAAUUGUGUCUAAGUCUUACAGAAUGUUUUAGGAUUGGAUUUCUAAUCAAAAUGUAUUAAAAAUACAAUACUGCACAUCAAACCACAGAAUAUUUAUUGGAUAAUAAAUUUGUGGCAAACAA